UAAUGACAAAAUAAGAUUCGAUUGUCUACGUGGAUUCGGAAUUUUGCAGAUAUCGACGGAGGGCAGUCGGCUGUGGCGGCCGAAGUCCCCGACGGUGUGAUGUUUGGGGCUUCGGAAGCCACCGUGUUCACUGUUCAAAGAUUCUUGCUUGCAGAGCCAAACCAAACACCCAAGUUCCUUCCUUACAGAAACCCUUACGGUGGAAGGAAGGGAAAGGCAUCUCCCAUGGCUAUGGCAAUGGCCGCACUAUUUCUCUCACUUCCUCAUCACCCAUCACCUCCAUUUCACCCUUCCAAAUUCCAAUGGCUUUGGCGUUUUCUUCUGCACCAAGUUUCAUCCAUUUCCCCAUCUCAAUCUCAAACUCCAACAUCCUCAACGCCCCCUCUCUUCCCACCACCAAUAACCCCCGCCCAUCGCCGGCGCCGUCGGCCAAGCGUCGAGUCUCUCUGAGCGUAAAAUGUCACGGCGGUGACGCCGAGCCGGACAAAAAAGACCCUUUUGAAACAAUCGACAAACUUUACAAGGACAUAAAGAACGAACACAUCGCUCCCUUCCAACCCAAAUCUAGGAAGCCGAAUUUCGUCUCUAAUUUCAUCAAUGCCUUACAGAAAAGAAUAAUAUUCUUAGUGCAGCCAACAAAUGAUGGAUCGAUGGUGGGUGUUAAAUGGAGAGUAGGGUGGCAUAAACCCCUGAUGGUGUGGGAUAAUGGUGUCGGCAUCCAUUUCCACCAAAGCUAUGUUGGAAAGUUGCUUAUUAGCAACUUGGAGAAUCUACUAGACCCUGUUCUUCGCCUAGCGCCCGAAACACUGACUUACAAAUUUGUGGGGAACAGAGGAAUUGGAGUUGGGUGCGGGGAAAACAGAGGAGAGCUGCAGCCCUGUGUGUGGGUUUCUUCUUCCUCAUUCUCUCGCUCUUCUUCUUCAAGUUUUGUGUUCGGUAGGGCCGGCGUUCUAUAAUGUGCAGAGCCCAACAAAGAAGGGACAGUCAACUUCUUAUGCAUUUCAAAUACACCCAUAAAUUUAUACCCAAUUGUUUCAAAAUUGCCCUUUCAGCUACCUACGAUGUUUCUAGUAUAAUGCAAGUUCACUUUGUCAUUUACAUUAAUUUUACCCAAAUGCCAUGCUCCUCAUGUGUUGUAUUAACAA